AUGUCACCGAGAGGAAACGGCUUGCUUCACUUUCUACAAUCUUUAUGUUUUCUUUGGUCCUGUAAGGCGGACCUGUGCAGCUGGAGUGGAAGUGGUCUGGCAGGCUCCUCUCUGUCCGGCUCAGUACAGCAGGUGCGCCUGCGCUGUUCUGCCGGCUCUGUGACUUGGUUCUCUCCUCGCCAUGCUUUGCGGGUCGUCCUGCAGCCCAACGUGUGGAGCGCUUCUAAUACCACUGUGUGCAUUAAAGCUUUGCGGGGGUUCCGGAGUGCUACUGUGUAUGUGGAGCGCUCAGAGAGGCUCGACCUGCUGCUGCAGGAUGAUCAGUCUCCAGAGCAGGUUCGCUGUUUCCGUGUAGAAGUGCACAGUGUUGCCAUUUUUCUUCAAGCCAACCCGCUGAGCCUGGAGGGGCCGAGCAUUGUGGCUCUUCGUUAUGAGCUGCUUCAGCAAAAAAGCAGCGUGACAAAUAUACCUUUAAACACAAUGCAUGACGCCUGUCGACCGUGCAGUGACUUGGAGAUACUAAAAGCUGUCUGCACCAGUGACUUCGUGGUCCGUGGCUCCAUACGGAACAUAUCCCAUGAUUCCGUACGGCAGAUCUCAGUCAUAGAAGUUGAAGACAGUCAAGUGUAUCGACAACGAAGUGGCGUGUUUGAAAGAGACCCAGAACUGUCGAGUCUCUGGCAUGGCAUCAUCUACACCCACAUGCAGUGUGGUGUUAAAGCAGGAGCUGGUCAGUUUCUCUUCACCGGAGUUGAGCUUUUUGGGGAGGCUUGGCUCGGCUGUGCUCCACGAUUCAAAGUCUUUGAGAGGAUGUAUAAUUCAGCAAGGAGGACACAACAAAUCCUCUGUAAUUUGUAAGGUUGACCAAAUUAUUAAAAUCCCAAGACUGCCAUAAAAUAAGUUUCCAUUAUAAGUGUAGGUAGCUUUUGACCUUUUCUUUAGGUUAUAAAAUUGGACAUUCAAAG